CCCCUGUCUCACUAGUAGAGGUUUUUUGUUGUUGUUUCUAUCAUCUCACUUAAUUCCUGCUAUAGCACCGUUUAUAACAGUGCAUUAACAAUCCCGAAUCAUCGCAGGGCAUCGGAGGAGAAGCACAUUCGAAGGCAAUGUUCAUUUAGGAGUUGCUGGUGAAGAAAUCAUUUAAAGAGACCCAGAGAACAGGGGGGCCGUCUGCCAGUGUGUGCGAGAGACACGUGCACGCACCGAGAAGGACGUUGCAUUAAAAAGUGGAGCACAUUUGCAGAGAAGCGAGAGAUACGUGGAACAGAGGUUUUGCAACGGACAAGAUCGAGAAGUGCAGUCGAGACAGCGAAAAGCAGACGCGCCUAUAUAAAGACAUUGAGACACAUUGACACAUUUACUUUUGUUCGCAUACAUACAAGCAACCAGAGAGAGACACUGACACAAUUGCAGCCAAGGCAUUACGCCGGCAAGCAAACACUUAUCCCAUUAGCAGGGAAGAAGCUGUCACUGGGACAGACAGACAGACAAUGAAAUAGACACACCCCGGGACAGGCAUAAACAUUGAGACAGAUACGGAGGCAGCAAGACAGGCGUUCAGAUUUUGACAUUUAAGAUAGACAUUUGAGACACGGAGACAGAUAUUGACACAGACAGACGUUAAGGCACCGAGGCAGAGCCUGAAAACGCAUUGCCACAAAAACACACACGGAGACACUCAGAAAGACACCGAUGCAGAUAUACAUUGAAUAAUUGUGACACAGACCGGAAUCAACAUAGACACAGACACCGAGACGUUAAGACAGAGACACACGGCGAGACGCACCCCGAGACAGAGAGACAGACACACGGAGACAGACGAGCGCCCCAGACGCCGAGACAGACACACAGAGGACAAAGACACCGAGGGCAUUGAGACAUCGACACACAGCGCCGAGACAGAGAGACGGACACGCGCCGAGACAGCAGAGCGCCCGAGACACCGACACAGACACACAGAGGACAAAGACACCGAGGGCAUUGAGACAACGACACACAGCGCAGAGACAGAGAGACAGACGAGCGCCCGAGACGCAGACGACGCAGAGAGCCAAAUGACGCACGCGGUGACCGUGAGCCGGACCCGCCGCUCCGCGCUGUGGCGCGCAGCAGCCGCGCUGUGCCCCCACGCCGCCGAGCCGCCGCUGCCGCAGCCGCACGCCGCCGUCGCAGCAGCUGCAGCCCCGCUAUGCCCGCACGCUGCCGCGCAUCCGCAGCCACCGCCGCGCGUUCCCACGGCAGAGGCGCAGCGCACGCGCGGGGGAGGAGGAGGCGCGUGCCCGGCCGUGGCCGUGGGGGCCCUCAAGGGUCUUCGCGACGUGCCCGGUCCCAGCGUGUGGAGCUUCGCCGGCGACCUCCUGUUCAGGAGGGGCUUGAGCAGGCUCCACGAGCUGCAGAUCGAGGGCACCCGGCGCUACGGCCCCGUGUGGAAGGCGCAGUUCGGACCGUUCGUCACGGUGCACGUGGCGUGCGCGAAGCUGAUGGAACAGGUGCUGCGCCAAGAGGGCGCUCACCCCAUUCGCUCGGAGCUGUCUUCGUGGAAGGACUAUCGCACGGAGCGCGGCCACGCGUUCGGACUGCUCACUGCGGAGGGAGAGGAGUGGCAGCGCUUACGCCGGGUGAUCGGAGACCGCAUGCUCAAGCCGGGCCGCGCCGCCGCGUACACGGCCCCCCUCCUCGACGUGGUCGGCGACCUCCUCGACAACGUGGAGAGGCAGCGAACGCAGAACCAGGGCCUGGUGCGGGACGUCUCGGAUGUCUUCUACAAGUUCGGUCUUGAAGGGAUCGGCGCGGUGCUGUUUGAGGCUCGCCUCGGCUGCCUGGCUCCGAACGUCCCCGAGGACACUGAGCGCUUCAUCCAGGCCAUCAACAGCAUGUUCCAGCUGACGCUGCUCACAAUGGCCAUGCCGCGCCCGCUCCUCUGGCUCUACCCGACUCCCUGGAAGCGCUUCGUGGCCGCCUGGGACUGCCUCUUUGCCUUCGCGAAGACCCACAUCGACUCGAGGCUGGCCGAGCUGAGCGAGCAGACGCGGCGCGGCGAGGCGGUGCAGGAGAGGGUCCUCGCCUACUACCUCUCCCGCCAGGACCUCUCCAUGCGCCAGAUUUACGGCAACCUGACGGAGCUCCUGCUCGCCGGCGUGGACACGAUCUCGAGCACCAUGUCGUGGUCCCUGUACGAGGUGUCGCGCCACGCCGACCUGCAGGAGCGCCUGCACGCCGAGGUGUGCGCCGCGAUGGGCGGCCGCGCCACGCCGGGCCCCGACGAGCUGGCGCGCAUGCCGCUGCUGAGGGCCACCGUGAAGGAGGCGCUCAGGCUGUACCCCGUGAUACCCGGCAACGCGAGGGUCUUCUCGCAGCGAGACGUCGAGAUCGGCGAAUACCUCAUCCCGAGAGGGACACUCAUCACGCUGUGCCACUACGCCACCUCUCACGACGAGCGAUACUUCCCGGAGCCGGAGGCUUUCCGUCCGGACCGCUGGCUCGACAAGGGAAACAAGAAGGAGGGGGAGGAGGGCAUGCACUCAUUCGCGUCCAUCCCGUUCGGCUUCGGCAAGCGCAGCUGUGUGGGGAGGAGGCUCGCCGAGUUGGAGGUCCACCUUGCAUUGGCACAGAUCAUAAAGAAGUACGUCAUCAAGCCGGAGUCCAAGGACAGCGUGGUACGGCCCAUGACACGUACCCUGUUGGUGCCAGACCGGCCCAUAAACCUGCGCUUCCUCAACAGGUGACGGCCGUCUUCUGCUCAAGAAGAGAUAUGAACACAGCUGUCCGUUGAUGUUUUAUGAAGGGAGGGCGGCUAUACCACGUGUCGUGGCCCCAGUUACUCUUGACCCUUUCAAGUCUUCCUUGGCCUCUGUGCCUAUUGCAGCAAAUUGAGAGGUGCGUACGGAGGCAUCUCCCCAAGUUGAUGGGGGAAUAGCAAAGCGGUGGUUGUCUGUGUGGGGGAUCCUUUCACUAUAAAAAAGAGACCCUCUACAGAAAAAUGAACGUGUUGGGAGUCCACAGAUUGAUGUCGAAGUCACGUGUUGCUCUGUAAAACGCGUGGGGCCGAUGCGUGGAGAGCACUACCACUUGAAUGUGGAUCUGUGGUAACGAGGUGACGAAGAGAACGUGUCAUCGGUUAGCGGGGCAGGUCCCAAUGGGGGACAGGGCGAGCUUGUUUAUCGUGCACGUGGGCGAAACUCACCUGGCCGGAAUUCCAUACGGAGAGGACGAGGCCUGAGAUUCAAAACAACUUAACAAUUUGGUGGAAGUCAAAAUAUGGAAAAAGUUCGUUUUUUGAGGAUCUGCUUGCCUGUUUUGUUCCAUGAUCCGUGUUUGGUCAUGGUAGCCUGGGUCAUAGGAUUGUGCUGGUCGUGGAGGGGUGGAGGGGGGGGGAAUAUAUGGUUUGGGUUUUGCAAAAGUCACAACACCCACAACUGUAUCAUGAGCGGCGCAGGGCGGCAGUGUGACCGUCGACGAUACCCGUAUCAAAGCGUCAUCUGAGACUGCUGGCACUCUUGACAUCCGUGCCAAAUGUGAUCAGCGUGGGCGUGCACUUUGGAAUGUUUGUGUCAGGGCAUUCAGAGCUGCAAUUCGGCAAAUAAUCAACGUAAGAGUAUCUGCAUCCUGUGAAUAAGAAAACAAGUGGAGUGCUCUCCAAAAGGGCUAAUCGGUGUCAGCGUGUCCAGCAAACACGUGGCCCACAGCCACCUCAAGAAGAGUUUCCAGCAACGAGAGAGCACAAAUGUACUUUCGCUGCUGUCCACUGAAGUAUUGUUUUAUAUAUUAUCUUUACAAAAAAAUUAAGCCUUAAAAAAGUGACAAUUUGUAAAAAGUGUUCCGUUCUGUUACUCACGUGUUAUUCAAAGUAACUGUCACGGCGUGAGGCCUUCAUCCAGCCGUGCAUUGGCAAAGGGCUGUAUGUUAUUAUGAUGAUGAUGAUGAAGAAUUCAAUGUACAGAAAGCACAACUAUUUAAUGAAUGUAAAUUAUUCGUAAUUACGCACUUAUAUUUUUUGUAUUUUCAUAACAAUGCAUAUUUUAGUCUGCACGAAUACGUUGUCGAAAAUCACGAUGCGUCACUUCACUGUGAGAGAUGUAACUGCCACGUUCUUUGGCUCGAAAUCUUAUUUCAGGUGCACACCGUGCGACUUGAGCACUCAUUUUUACGAA